AGUUCCGGACACCCAGGUACUUCAUUCACCCUGACUUCUGUCAUUCGAGUGCUGAGACCCGAAGUCCUCAGUGCUGGUCUUCAUUCCGCCGUUUCGAAUUACGAUCUUGAUUAAAUAUGCCGUUUGGAUGGAUUUAUAAACGCCACAUUACACCUGCUGAAUUGAAAGAGGAACAAAAGCCCCUGAAAAAAAAUCUUUGGGAGCCUCUCUAAAUAUAUCCAGUGUUGGAUAAGCAGCUAACGGACAUUGAUCCCAACACAACUUGACUGUGUAAAUCAAGCCAUUUAAUCCAUCCGGAAGUUGAAGCAUCAUCCUUUGAUAAAGCGAGUGUGCAUAAAAUAAGAGGAUGGCCUUUCAAUUCAACUUUAAUAUAGAAGAGGAUGUAGAAAAUAAACUAACACCCCUUGGAGAUGGAACUUUGUCCCUGGAUUCAUCAAAAGAACCACCGGUCUCAAAAAGUCAAAACGGAAAGCAGGACAGAAAGUGUUCGGCAGAACCGUCAGACUUGCUUCCCGAUGGCUUGUGGGAAUCCUCGAGGGGAAAUGCAGCCUCCUCUGAAGACACCGACAGUGCAGCUGAUCGGUCAGCUGACCCGGAAGCAUGUGAAAAACAGCCCUUCUUGAGAGUUGCUAAAGAACAUGCUAUGCCUAAAGAUUUAAAUCAAGUCUUAGAAAAUACGGUUACGGAAAUGUUGCCCGGUCCCCAUGUCAACAUAGCGGUAGUGAAAACUGUAUUGUUGAAAGAGAAAUUCCCUGGAGAAAACAUAGUUUCAAAAAGCUUUUCUUCUCAUUCUGAUCUGAUUCCAGGUGUCUAUGAAGGAGGCUUGAAAAUCUGGGAGUGUACCUUUGACCUCUUGACUUACUUCUCAAAGGCCAAAGUGAGUUUUGCUGGGCAAAAAGUGUUGGAUCUUGGGUGUGGAUCAGGAUUGCUUGGAAUAACUGCGUCCAAAGGAGGAGCUAUCGAAGUUCAUUUUCAAGAUUAUAACAGUCUUGUGAUCGACGAAGUGACCUUACCUAACGUAGUCGCUAACUUCCCUUUGCAAGAUGAGGGCAAUGAUAUAAAUGAGCCAGAAGGGAAAAGACAAAGGAAGUCGAAAGCAGCCCAAGAAGCAUGUAAAUGUCGGUUUUUCUCUGGGGAGUGGUCUGAAUUCUGUAAACUUGUAUUAAGUGAAAAACUCUUUGCAAAAUAUGACCUCAUUCUCACCUCAGAAACCAUUUAUAAUCCAGAUUAUUACAGUGCUUUGCAUGAAACAUUCCUCAGACUGUUGAGUAGGAAUGGCCGGGUGCUUCUGGCCAGCAAAGCACAUUAUUUUGGUGUCGGUGGUGGCGUUCAUCUCUUUCAGAAGUUUGUAGAAGAAAGGAAUGUAUUUGAGACUAAAACACUUGAAAUAAUUGAUGAGGGUCUCAAGAGGUUCCUAAUUGAAAUUACUUUUAAGUAUCCCAGUUAAUAUAUAGUGGCCUAAUGGAGUAAACAGAGGAACCCAGAACUUGUGACUGUUUAAUCUCUUUUUUAUUAUUUUUUCUGAAAUUAUGGUGUUUGUAUGGUUCUGCUUAUUAAAACAAUAAGCCAUGUGUUUUCUAUGUAAAACCGCAAGUUUGCCUGAGCAUUUGAUGAGCUCUUAAAUCACUUUGUAUGAAAGGUCUUUCUCCAUCUUCAUUCUACUUGACCUUUCUACAGUCUCUAACGCUCCAUAAACACAUUCUUGGGGACUAUUCCCAUUUAUUACCAGUCUUUGAAUCUCUCUACAGUCUUUGUUAGUUCCUCGUUCACAUGAAGUGCCUGGCUAGAUUAGUAAAGACGACUGCAUCCCUGAGUAAUACUGAAUUUAAGUGUUUGGUUGAAGGUUUAUGUAACUAGGAAGACAGGGUUUCUCUGUAGAUUUGGAGCCUGUCCUGGAACUAGCUCUUGUAGACCAGGCUGGUCUCGAACUCACAGAGAUCCGCCUGCCUCUGCCUCCCGAGUGCUAUAUCGAUUUCCAUUGUGUAAAAGCCUUAGCAUGCUGUGCAGUUGAAUCUGCACUAAGAUGAACUCGCAAGAAUCUGACACAAAAUGUGAAAGUGGCUGGGAUGUGGCUCGGCAGUAGAGUGCUGGCUAGGAUGCACGGGACCCUAGGUUCCAUCCACAGAACUUCAACAGCAACAUCAGAAAUGUAUGGGUGGUAAUAAAGGAGCAGCACUUAAAGUUAACUCUCACCCCUGUAAGCUAGUAUGAGACCCUGAGACCUUGGAAGGAAGACAAAUAGGCUGUAAGAUUCAGAUUCUGGGCUGUAAGCUCCUCAAGAAAGAAAGGGAGGAUGGAAACAUUGUACUGCUUUGGUUGAACCUGGAACGAAAAUUUUUAUAUCACUAACAAAAUUGAGAUCUGCCAUGUUAUAUAAAUAUUUUCUUCCUUGGAAGAACCCUACACCAUGCUAUAUCUUGGAAUCAGUGUGUUAUUUAUUAGAGCCCUGACAACUAGGUACUAUGUUUGUAUAGUAUUUUACUUAGUAAUUAUAGUCUUGUGUGUCAUCCCAGUUUAGUAAUGAUUAGUCAUUUUCAGUUUUGAAAGCUAACAGUUUGCAGCAUUUAUAUGUGCAUAGCUGAUAAGAGUUAUAUAAUACUAUUAUUUAAUACUUAUUACACCAGCAGAUUAGGUUAUAAUAACUACCCGUGCUUUAUAGGUAAGUUGAGGCUCAAAAAUUUUAUUUGUCCUAAUCACAUGCUUUUACCUUAAAUCAUAAUGUUUUACUUUAUGUGUGUGGGGGAGAGGUGGCCUUGCUGUGUAGCACACACUGUCAGUCAAUUGACUACGGAGCAUAGGCUGACCUUGAACUCACAGCAAUCCUGCCUCAGCCUUCCUAGUGUUGGAUUUAUAGGUAAGGGCCAUCACGCUUUGCUUGAGUCAGAAUCUUAAGUCCUUUAAAAACUUGACAAUUUUCAGCACCUAGAUGUCUCAACGUAUCAAUGCCUGUUUUGGUCAUAAAUCUUGAUCCUCUUAUUCAGGAAUGAUGUUUAACUGUACAUUCCCACAAAUUCCAUAUAUGCAUUGAAAACUUUCUGCACCCCAUAAGCCUCUCUGCCGAUGCAAUAACCCAAAUCAGACCAAAUCAAACCAAAUUAGAAAAAGCCCAGGUUUAAUAGAUACCACUGCUCUCAGAUGGCUUUCCAGAUCCCCAGAGAGGAAACAGGAAAGGAAGACCGGAAAACCACAUGUUCUCUGGAGUACAAUUUAAAUGCCCUGCGGUAAUGGUCCUGAGCAUCAUUGGGGAGGGGUCAUUGUUUGGCAGGCUUUCUUGCAGGUGGGCUCUGGACUGAGGCAACUUCCAGGGGAAGGGGCUUGAGAUGGAACUUCCACCCGAACAUUCCAGACUCUUUGGAUACACGGUUGCUAUGGUGUGGCCUUAACCCAAAUGCAUAUGUAUGUAUGUAUGUAUGUAUCCCUAAUGUCUAUGCAACUGUAUGUUUCCUAAUGUAUAUGAAGAAAGUAAAUCAAAUACUUUGACUCUCA